CCGCUGCGGGGAGAACAGAAACCAAGUUCCCCGGCAACGAGCAGCAUCAACCCGGCGGGAGGCCGGAGCCAGAGAGGCCCAAAAAGGCUGCGGAGUGAACCGGCCUCUCCGUGUCCAGCGCGCCCCCCUCCGCCUUCUUCCUCGGCCGCCCAGCCCUAAAUUUCGAUUAGCUUUUUCGCCUACGGAAAUCCUAGGGAGGGGGUUAGGAGCAGCUGCGCCCCCCUCCCUGCGGCUGCCGCCCCCCUGCUUUUAAGGCGCUGCUCCCUGCCUCGUGCGCCCGGGCAGUGCAUCUCGGCAGGCCCCAACCAUGUCGAUGCUGCCGUCGUUCGGCUUCACGCAGGAGCAAGUGGCGUGCGUGUGCGAAGUUCUGCAGCAAGGCGGGAACCUGGAGCGUCUGGGCAGGUUCCUGUGGUCGCUGCCCGCCUGCGACCACCUGCACAAGAACGAAAGCGUGCUCAAGGCCAAGGCCGUGGUUGCGUUCCACCGCGGGAACUUCCGCGAGCUCUACAAGAUCCUGGAGAGCCACCAAUUCUCGCCUCACAACCACCCCAAGCUGCAGCAACUGUGGCUGAAGGCGCACUACGUGGAGGCCGAGAAGCUGCGCGGCCGGCCCCUGGGCGCGGUGGGCAAAUAUCGGGUGCGCCGAAAAUUCCCGCUGCCGCGCACCAUCUGGGACGGCGAGGAGACCAGCUACUGCUUCAAGGAGAAGUCGCGGGGUGUGCUGCGGGAGUGGUACGCGCACAACCCGUACCCCUCGCCUCGUGAGAAGCGGGAGCUGGCCGAGGCCACGGGGCUCACCACCACCCAGGUCAGCAACUGGUUUAAGAACCGGAGGCAAAGAGACCGGGCCGCCGAGGCCAAGGAAAGGGAGAACACCGAAAACAAUAACUCCUCCUCCAACAAGCAGAAUCAACUCUCUCCUCUGGAAGGGGGCAAGCCGCUCAUGUCCAGCUCAGAAGAAGAAUUCUCACCUCCCCAAAGUCCAGACCAGAACUCGGUACUUCUGCUGCAGGGCAAUAUGGGCCACGCCAGGAGCUCAAACUAUUCUCUCCCUGGCUUAACGGCCUCACAGCCCAGCCACGGCCUGCAAGCCCACCAGCAUCAGCUCCAGGACUCCCUGCUGGGCCCUCUCACCUCCAGUCUGGUGGACUUGGGGUCUUAAGUGGGGAGGUACUGGGCCUGGAAGCAGUGACUAGGGACACUUGUAAAUAGAAAUCAGGAACAUUUUUGCAGCUUGUUUCUGGGGUUCUCUGCGCAUAAAGGAAUGGUGGACUUUCACAAAUAUCUUUUUAAAACUCAAAACCAACAGCGAUCUCAAGCUUAGUUAGUUACCUUCUUCUCUCCAACUCUUGCAUUUCCCAUCCCAGUGCAGAGAUCAGGAAAAAAAAAAAAAAAAAAAAACCCAAACAAACAAAA